CGCAUAUAAACAAUAAUAAUCGCGUGCCUAGUAGUGAAGUGGGGGCGAAUAAAUAAAGUCGCUAUUUAAAUACCUGUAUCGUCCUGUAACGGUACAGCUCGGCUGUAAAAACUGUCCGACUAGAAGUUCGGCAACUAAUUGAAAGCAUGCCGGAAAGAGAAAGUAUCCUGCGGAGCUUAAAAUGGUCGAGUUAAAGUCGUUUGUGUUCUUCGACCUGGAGACAACGGGGUUACCUCACCUGGAACAUUUCCGCACCAAAAUAACCGAACUGUCCAUGGUGGCUUGUGCUCGGGGCCAUCUGCUAGAGUCGAGUACCGAUCUACCACGCGUGACGCACAAACUAUCGCUUUGCUUUAAUCCAUCGCGUAUGAUAACACUUGCAUCUUCGCAAUCUACAGGGCUCUACAAUGACUUGCUGGAAAAGGAAUCAAGGUUCGACGAGGACGCGGGUCAGAUGGUGAAGUUGUUUCUUGAACGACUUCAAAAACCCACCUGCUUAGUGGCGCACAAUGGGAACAGAUUUGACUUUAUCCUGCUAAAGCAACACAUGCUCCGGAUCGGUGUAAUACUGCCCACCGAUUUGUACUGUGUCGAUUCGCUACCGGCAUUCCGUGAGAUAGAGGCCGACGUGGAGAAAUCCUACUACGAGCACAACGAAGGCUUAGACAGUGAAAUUCCCGAGCUGGAGUAUCAGGCAUUACGCGUCAUGGAAGAACUCGAGCAAGCUAACGAUUGGCUGACGGAACGGAAAAAGAUCAAUGAAACCACACCGCAGAGCGGCCGUAUGGAGCAAAAGUUUAAGCAAGCGCUGCGGGAGUAUCUGUCGAUUGUGCCGGUUACAACACAACCGUCAACACAGGAACCAGCCGAUGCGUGUAAUGAUGAUGACGGUCAAGACGGUUGUUAUUCGCCCUCACGUUCUCGUAAAAGGUUGUUCGAUGCAUCGUUUUCCGAUGAUACGGAAGACGUGAAACCGUUGCCAAGCUCACAGGCUUCGAAUGGCAAGAAGCGGUACAACCUCUCUGAUCUAUACAAACGAACUGUAGGAAAGGAGCUUACUAAUGCGCACCGUGCGGAAGAUGACACGGUGGCCCUGAUGAACUGUGCCAUUGUCCACGGUUCCCGGUUUGUUCGGUACGCGGAAGUCAAUUGCGUAGCGUACGAAGAGAUGAAAAGCAAAUUUUAAAUGUUUUUUUCCUUUGAAAGGAAUUAGAAAGUCGACAAUGAAUUACGCAGUAUGAUUAUUGCUUACUUAUGGUAAUAAGAAAACAAUUAUUCCAUUUUUACAUGAAAAUACUAUCGCCGGGUAUUAUGCAAAAUUUAAAUCAAAUAGUGUGAUUGGUUUUUUUGGUAAUAUAUUAUAUUUGAAUGACUCGUGUAUAAAUAAAAAAGGAAACAAAUUGAAAA